UGUGUAGAGCGUUUCUGCGUACGAGGGAGUAAGUGAGUGAGGAAAAUUCAGGAAAAAACCGAUAGUAAAAGCCUCAGCUCCCGAGCCGAAGGCAGGGUGUGUGUCCUUUUUGGAGUACGGUGCGGAGAGGUUUUUUCCGAGUGUGUGUGUGUGUGUGUGUGUGUGUGUGUGUGUGUGUGUGUGAAUAUGUGGUUCCAUUCCCGUACCAACUGCUGAACUUCAAACAGUACAGAUUUACAUCAUCCAAAGAUUUAAAAGGAGAAAAAAGCCCAAACAGGAUGUUAACAAGUCGCUAAACGGGCCGGCGUGAACAGUAGUGGGCUGGGAGGUGAAGUGAACAUUCGGGCACAAUGAAAUCAAUAACCGAAGUGGUGGCACUUAAAAGGACUGCCUCGAGACGCAACAGCACACCUAAAAAACCACUAGUUCCCUUCCGUUUGGCGUGAUUUCAUCAUCAUCAUCAUCAUCAUCAUCACCAUCAUCAUCACCAUCGACGACAACCAUCGGUGGGUGUAGGGGAGUGAGAAGCGGGAGUGGCGAAAUUGGAAUCAGCUCGAACCACCCGAACACGACAUAAGGAAAGGCUCCGAAGCGGCCAUACAUUCGCGUGAAGGAAGUACACCGCUUCUUGGCACAACAUUCCUGCAGCAACAGCAACACGGUUGUUCCCUCUACCACGUGUCCCUUUGGAGUAUUUGGAGAGCCUGCUACGGAGGUAGAUCGAAAACCAGCACAACAACUAGCAAACAGCAGCGGUAGUAGUAGCGACAAACAAACAAAAAAAGGUGUUCAUUAGCGAUAGAUAAGUAGUUCGUGUGGUAACAAAUAGCGCACAGUAUUUGAAGGUAGAGCCCAAAGCUAAAUGCACAAAAAAGGUGACAAGGCAUAGUGAACCGAAACCGCGAUUAGAUUACGGAACGAAACGUUACGCUCAAAAAGGUUUGCUUCUCCAACGUUAGACUGUAAGGCGUAGACUAUCCGAGUGUAGCUAGACCGCACGCGAAAAGCCCAAAGCCCAAACCCCGAACACACACAAGCACCAGAGAGAGAUGAACGAGCUGGAGGCGCUGCGGCAGGAGGCGGAAACGCUGAAGAAUGCGAUCCGGGACGCGCGGAAGGCGGCCUGCGACACGUCGCUCGUCCAGGCGACGAACAAUCUCGAACCGAUCGGCCGGAUACAGAUGCGCACCCGGCGCACGCUCCGGGGCCAUCUGGCGAAGAUCUACGCGAUGCACUGGGGGAGCGACUCGCGCAACCUGGUGUCGGCCUCGCAGGACGGCAAGCUGAUCGUGUGGGACUCGCACACGACCAACAAGGUGCACGCGAUCCCGCUGCGCUCCUCCUGGGUGAUGACGUGCGCGUACGCCCCGUCCGGCAACUUUGUCGCGUGCGGCGGCCUGGACAACAUCUGCUCGAUCUACAAUCUGAAGACGCGCGAGGGCACGGUGCGCGUGUCGCGGGAGCUGCCCGGCCACACGGGCUACCUGUCCUGCUGCCGGUUCCUGGACGACAACCAGAUCGUGACGAGCUCGGGCGACAUGUCGUGCGGGCUGUGGGACAUCGAGACGGGCCAACAGUGCACCUCGUUCCUGGGGCACACCGGCGACGUGAUGGCGCUGUCGCUGUCGCCCCAGUGCCGGGUGUUUGUCUCCGGGGCGUGCGACGCCUCGGCGAAGCUGUGGGACAUCCGCGAGGGCCAGUGCAAGCAGACGUUCCCGGGGCACGAGAGCGACAUCAAUGCGGUCACCUUCUUCCCGAAUGGGCACGCGUUUGCGACGGGCUCGGACGAUGCCACCUGCAGGCUGUUCGACAUCCGGGCCGACCAGGAGCUGGCCAUGUACUCGCACGACAACAUCAUCUGCGGCAUCACGUCCGUGGCGUUCUCGAAGUCGGGCCGGCUGCUGCUGGCGGGCUACGAUGACUUCAACUGCAACGUGUGGGACACGCUGAAGGCGGAGCGGGCGGGCAUACUGGCCGGGCACGACAACCGCGUGUCCUGCUUAGGCGUGACCGAGAACGGUAUGGCGGUGGCGACAGGAUCCUGGGACUCGUUCCUGCGAGUAUGGAACUAAGUGUUGCGUAGUACACAGGUAGUAGCUGAGCGAGGCGUGGCGUGCACGCGUGCAGAUCGUGGACGGAGCAGCGCAGCAAGCGUUACAAGGGAAGGGGAGCUGCCAUUUAGAUUAUUAAGCAUAAACACACACACACACGCGUACACAAACACACGCAUAUACAUGUAUACAUACAUACAUUAUAAAUAUAAAUGGUACGAGAUUUUUCAGUUCCAACAACACACACACACACACACAAACUCUUAGUGGCGGGAGAAAAACAAACUUAGUGGCCGCUGAAAUUGACCUUGAAAGCUCUUUUUUAUAAACGCAACAGAAGAAGAAAAAAAACACACAACGGUGAAUGAAGAAGAACCGCACAAAUACACACGAUUUUCCAACUCAACACACACACAAGCACAAGCAUUCAACAAAAGCAAAGGCGAUCUUGACGAUACAAAACAAGUGGUCCCAAGUCCGCUCUAUGUACUAAGUAAUGGACUACACGCGUAUAAACACACAAACAGAGUUUAUAAUCAUUAUCAAAGCGAAGGACAUUAUCCAAUGUUUGCGUUUAAAUGCCAUUUACAAAAUCCUCAACAUACAAGCUGGUAAUAGGAAAGUGGAAGAAAAAAUCAAAGCAAAUGUGUGUGUGUGUUUGAUCAUAAGUAAAAGAUGGCUAGUACAUGGGGUAGUACGGAAAUGAACCAAUGUCAUGAUGAAUGUAGCAGUGCAGAGAAAUAAAUGUUCAUUCUACUAGCACCAGGCUUUCUCCCAGUUGCUUCGAGGCUGUAUUGAUCGCAACAAAAAACUGCUUUUUCGGUUGCAAUAUUGCAUUUUUCGGAUUAAUGUUUAUUACGGUUGCAGCAUGGGCGUAAGACGACUUUUUUUGCAGUUCGAUUGGUAUUAGGCACGUGCGUUGUAAACGUCGCCCGACGCGGUCCCAUGUACGCCGAAAACCAACCCAAAAGAAAAACGUACUAAAUACUAAACUAAUGCAUAGCUAUACACACACACACACUCUCCUUCAGUACACAUACAAUCACACGAACACAGAGAUAAGGUGUAGGGUAAGGGCAGGACCACACACACACAAACACACUCACGAUAGGGAAACGAUGCAGAGAGCUAUAGUACUAAUCUCCUAGCCAAGCAGCAACAGGCAGCAUUAGACGAAUCUUGGUUAGAUAAAUGGCAGAUAAACUACUACUAUUACUACUACUACUACUACUACUAUUAUUAUUAUGACUACUACUACACAGCAAACUACUAAACUAAACUCGCGCAAGCGUAUCCGUUUUGAUAGUGACCGGGUGUGACCGGCAAUGUGGAAGCAGCAAACCAACAAGUAGAAGCAACAAACAAACAAAAAGAAAAAAGAAACACACACACACACAUGCAUACAUAUAUACUAAUAUUUGUCCCUGUAAUAUAUGAUCAUAAGCUAGUGAACCGGUAGUGACGAACACCGUGACGUUCAGGUUGGAGGCGUGGUAACGUUUAAGUAAUUGCAAAUAAACAAUUGAAACGCAGCAGCAACAAUGUGUGUGUGUGUGUGUGUGUGUCGGGCGCACAAAACUCGGUAUGCAAAUUUUGAGCGCGUUUGAAAAUAAAACAAAGCAACCAAAAUAACGAACUCCUCCUUUCUCACUCUAUCCAGCAUAAAGUUCGAGGAGUUCGGGUGGUAACAUGAACAAAA